CAAACGGCGAGUAGCCUAAAUAUAAAGGGUCUUAAUCGCGCUGAUCAGUGCACAGUUGCGCAAGCGCACUACAGCUGAUGUUCUGAAGCCUUCUCUCGGCUCCGGUUCGGCUGAUGAGGGUCAAAUGUAACCAGAUUCAUUCGGGCUUGUGCAUGUAGGACAGACACACAGAACCGAGCGGCCGCGCGCAGCAUCUCGUGCACGCGCAGAAAAUGCCGAACGAGCAUCACCUUUGUCGUCGGUUCUGUCCUGAGGAAUAACGGGAAUAACGACACACCGACAGAUGGAGGAAUGAUCGGUACCGGCCCGGGGUUUGACGAUGAGCUGGACCGACGGCGCGGAGAGCGCGUGCAGGGAUUUCAUUGUGGAUGGAGAGGGAAAUGUGUGCAGAGCUACUGGUUACAUGACGGAUUGUCUGAGUGAAGACACCGACAAAGUUCCUCUUCAAACACACACUCUGAAAGAGUUUGAACAGCACCUCAACGACCUGAAGAAGGAGAACUUCAGCCUCAAGCUCCGCAUCUACUUCCUGGAGGAGAGGAUCCAGCAGAAGUUCGAGGACGGCGGCGAUGACGUCUACCGGACGAACAUCGAGCUGAAGGUGGAGGUCGAGAGUCUGAAACAGGAACUGCAGGAAAAACAGCAACUGCUGGAUAAAGCUCUAACAACAGCAGAGAGUCUGACCAAUCACAAUGAAGCGGAGUUGCAGAGACACUGUGAAGAGAGACAACAGGAGAUCGAUCACAUGCAGCAAGUGCUGGAGAGCAAGAUACAGAUACUGCAGGAGGAGGCUCAGAUUGCACGGGACGAGGCCGAGCGCAUGGCCAGCCUGGAUGAAUCUCACUCCCAGCAUCCCUCUGUCGCCAUGGAGACGGUUCCCAAGGAGACAUCCGGAGACUGGACCCCACAGUCUGAUGAGGAUGCAGACAGAGACAGGAUCGAGCAGCUGAGCGCGGCUCUGUGCUGUAAGGAGCGUCUGAUCCGUGAGCUGACGGAGGAGAGGACAGACCUGAGACAGAGAGUGAGACACAUGGAGGAGCAGCUGCAGAAGCUGUCUGUGUCUCUGCUGCAGAGAGAGAGAGACGCGCAGAUUUAUGAAGAGGAGUUAGGCCGCGAGAGACUCCGUGUGCAACAAGAGAUGCAGACUCUGAUGGAGGAGCAGACACAGACGCUUCAGUUCGAUCACAGUGCGGGACAGUGUGUCGCUCAACUGCAGAACGCACAGAUGCAGGUCGAGGCUCUGCAGACUCAGAUCCAUCACAGCGAGACCAGCAACAAGAAGCUGCAGAAGAAAGUGAGUGAGAUGGAGUCAGAGCUUCUGUCCAUCAGACAAGCUGCACAGAACCAGCAGAGAACCAUCCAGAACCUCACAGACAGCCUGAGAACGAAAGACACAGAGACUCAGGAGCUUUACCAUGUGAUUGAGGACCAGAAAAACACACUGUGUAAACUCACAGAGACACACCAGCAGCAGCCGCAACACAGACAGGCUCUAGAUGGCACUGUGGACUCGAGCUCUCUGUUCUCCUGUCAACUGGAGGCCCAUCACACACACACACACACGCUGACCCAGAGACGCCUGGAGGAUCUGAAGCGCUCGCGAGACCGACUGCAGGACGAGCUGCGGGACGCAGAGGAGCACAGAGAGACCACUCACACACACAACAAGGAUCUGUGUGAGACACUGGAGCGGCUGCGGUCUGAGCUGCGGGUGAAAGUGUGUGAGCUGGGAGAUCGUGAGGCCGAAACACACUCCGACAUCAGUGACAGAGAUGAGACCAUCACACAACUACAGAAGAGCUUAUGCCGCAAACACACACUGCUGCAGGAGUAUUCAGAGCUGCUGAACUCCAGCGGAGCCUCAGAGAGAGACACACUUCUGCACACACUCAGGAGUCGCAUCCGAGACCGAGACGCCGCUCUGGAGCGCUCGAUCGAUGAGAAGUUCCUCUGUCUGGAGGAGAAGGAUGCUGAAGUGCAUCGACUGCAGCUGAUGCUGCGUGAGAAAGACCGAGACCUGGAGAGACUGCGCUGCGUCCUCAACAACACCAACGACACCGUCACGGGUCUUGAUGCUCUGGUGCGCAGUAAGGAGCUGGAAUUAGAGAGAACACUGGAAACGUGCCGAAAGCUGGAGUGGAUGAAACAGCAGAGCGAUGAGAAACACACAAUUGCUGUUCGAGAGAGAGACGGCGUCAUCCAGCGGCUGCAAACUGCUCUACACACACACAGCAAAGAGGCCGAGGAGCUCCGGUCAGUGUUGUUGGGAAAGCUGUCGGCCACUGAUGUCCUGCAGGAACUCCAGACUCGUCUCUCCACUAGAGAGCGUCUAUUUCAAGAAGUGAUGUCAGAGCACAGUCUCCAGUUGCAGGAACAUCAUACACACCUGACGGAGCUGCUCGACACCAUCAGCUCCCGAGAUCAGGAAAUGAAGGAUUACGGGGAGAGGUUGGGACGGGUGAUAUCCGAGCGAUCCGCUCAGCUGCAGGAGUUGCGGCGGCAGCUUUCGUCUCGGGAACAGGAGCUGCACGAUGUGAACCGGGAGAGAGAGAGGGACUUUCCUGCGGCCCGGGAACUGAAGAGACUCCAGAACGUCCUCAAGGAGAAAGACUCCCUUAUACAGGAGUUACUGCAGGGUCAGAGCUCCACAGCAGCAGAACGGGCUGUGUGUACGAGCAGCUCAGGCGAUCUAGAGAUUCAAGCGAUCAGAGAUGAGCUACAGCUGACCCUCAGAAAACAAAGAGAGACUGAGCGGGAGCUGUCAGAGUUGCGGUCUCUUUUGGCUGCGAGGCAUCAUGACACUCUGAGAUCUGAUCAGCAGUGUGUUCUGCAGCAGCUCGUGUCGGAGCAGAAGGCGCUGAAUGAAGCUCUGAGAGCCGAAAAGAGUCUUUAUCAGUCGCUCAGAGGCGUCCAGAGUCCAGCAGACAGCAGCGCUGAGAAGACCCGAGUGCUGGACGAACAGCUGAACUCUCUUCAGGCGCUGCGUGAGCUGCUGGGACACACACUGGAGACGAGUCGACACACAGCGCUGGCGAUGGAGCGACACACACUGGAGAUGGGUCGGGCCACACGGGUCCAGGGCGAUUAUGGAGAAUCCAGCAGUGAUGAAGAUGAUGAAGAUCCCGACAGCAGUGAUGAAGAUGAAGAGUUCACCGACAGCAUCGAAGACAAUGACAUCACACUCACUGCUCAAAGUCUGACGAGCGCGCAGUUUACUGUGUUCUCCUGUCAGAGAGCUGAGGAGGGUGGCAGGCCGCUGAUGUCCCACAAUGCAUCAGAGGGGGUAAGAUGUGACGAGGUGGAGAGAAAUCAAGACGAAUGUAAGGUGGUUGAAGUGACGGUCCAAGCUGAGGAUUCCUCACUUACUCAUGUCAGAAACACACCUGAAAAACAUCUUGCUCUGGAUCACAGUGAGUCUGGAUCAGCAGUGAAGGAGGAGGUGUGUGUGAGGAGUCGAGGUUUGGAGAAGUGUGAAGCAGACCGAAGAAACUCCCAUGAGCCUCAGAGAGAUUACCGUACGUGCAGCGAGGAAGAGGAGGACGAGUCUGACGAAGAAGAUGGAGAGGAAGAGGUCAGAGUGCCUUUAGGGAAACGCGGGCCGCCGUGUGUGAAGCUCCGGGAGAGCAGGAGGAAGAGGAGGUGCACCAGACCACACUCGCUGGACCUCGGAGCGCUGCUGUCACACACACCUGCAGCUCAGGAUGAGGAGAGAGAGGUCGAGGGCGACAGCAACGAGUUGAGCGACAGAGGUGGUGGAGCCGUCGGGUUCUGGCAGCAUGUGGAGGCGGGGCUUCGGGAGCAGGCAGAGCAUCUCCGUAGCGACCUGGCUGUCAGUCGUCAGGAGAGCCGCGAGCUGCAGGAGAGACUGAUGGUGUCAGAGGCAACAGUGCAUGCGCAGGCCGAACAGCUGAACGACUACAGAGAGCUGCUCACGGAGAGCGCUGUCCAGCGGGACAGUAAGCAGGUACAGGUAGAUCUUCAGGAUCUUGGAUACGAGACGAGCGGCCGCAGUGAGAAUGAAGCGGAGCGAGAGGAGGCCAGCAGCCCCGAGUUUGAUGAGUUGGAGAUGUGCGGCUCUCUCUCCGUGACGGGGAACCAACGCUGCGGUUGGCAUGGCGACAAUGAUGCCGCUCAGACCGACGACCCGUCCUCACUAAAGUGUUUGGUGCAGGACCUGCGCGCGCAACUCUCUCGCUGCCACAAAGUGAUCCGCGGUCUGCAGCUGCGCAUGCGCUCGUUUUCGACCACCUCCGAUUACGCCUCCAGCCUGGAGCGCACGCCGCGCAAGGUGAACUGGGCGUUUGAGGCUCUGGAGGAGGACGAGGGCUGGCAGUCUGACGGGCCGCUGAGACCCAGCCGAGAGAUGCAGGCGCUAGUGACCCGAGUGGCACUGCUGGAGACACAGAUCCGGAGCAAGAGCCAGGAGGAGGGCAGAUGUGCCACCUGGCCUGGGAAGUACAACACCCUGAUCCAGGCCCAGGCGCGGGAGCUGUCACACCUGAGGCAGAAGAUGAGAGAAGGCCGAGGAAUCUGCCACAUCCUCACACAGCAUCUGAGCGACACCACCAAAGCCUUCGAGGAGCUGCUGCGUGCCAACGACAUCGACUACUACAUGAGCCAGAGCUUCCGAGAGCAGCUAUCCCAGAGUUCCUCACUCGCUCAGAGAGUCAGCACCAAGAUCAGUGGACGUGAUCGUUCAGAGCAGCGAGACGAUAAAGCGGGUCACGAGCUGCUGGCGCUGAGGUUGAGUAAGGAGCUCCAGCACAAAGAUCAGAUCAUCGAGUCUCUCCACACACAGUUACAGAAGCGCAGUGACACGCCCUGCAGCAGCCACGCCCCCUCUGAGACAACCGACCAAUCAGACUGCAUCUCCUUCGUGUCGGACGAGAGGGGCUCCACCAAUGAGGAGCUGUGCUCAGACAGUGAGUUUGCACCGGAGACGGAGCCCGAGACAAAAGAUGGAGUGUUCAGCGCGCCACACUCUCUCUCCAGCUAUCAGCUGGCCGCACACAUGCCUGUAUCCCAUCAUGCACUGGGGAAGAGUGAAGGCCCAUCUGUGCAGACAGAUGCAUUGUGGGACAUGGAGAAUAUGAUUCAGCCAAUCAGAGGUUUUAAUGGAUCAUCGUAUUAUCAGUCUGGCAACAGCCAAUCAGGUGUAGACGUGAUCGAGGAGCAUCUGAGAGAGAUUCGAUCUCUGCGCCAACGACUGGAAGAUUCCAUCAGAACCAAUGAGAGAUUGAGACAGCAGUUACAGGGACGCCUGUCCACAGCGAGAGACACAGCUCCAACCAACAUCUUUAUCCAGAGCCAUGGUACAGUCAGUCAACUAACCAAUGAAAUCAGAGCAUUAAAGGAGGAAAAUCUUGCACUGCAGUCCAGGAUACAAGCCAGCAGAGACAGCAGUGAAGAGGUGAAGCAGCUCAGGGAGGCGGUGCUGUCUGGGCGUGUUCGCCUGCAGCAGGCGGAGUUAGAGGCGGAGUUAGAGGCGGGGCAAUGGAAGGAGGAGUUGAGGAGGCUGCAGAUGCACAACUGUGAGCAAAGUCUACAAAUCCAACAACUGCGACAAGACAGACAAAACUCUCAGGAGCACAACAACAGACUGCAGCACGAGGUGAGUUUACUCCAGCAGCAGUUAGCAGAGAGCAGACAGCUUCUACACUCCCUACAGAGUGAACUACAGCUGUACAACCAAGUGUGUGUCGGUGGAAAGGGCACAGCUGCAGGGUGUGUGUGUGAGGUGCCGUGCCCGUCAGUGGAUUUGCAAGAGCUGCUGGUGGAGGUUCGGGCUCUCAGGGUCCAGCUGGAGGUUAGUGUACAGGAGAACAGUUCUCUUCGAGCUCAACUCCAGAAGCUGGAUCACUCGUCCGAUCAGCGCCGGUCACCCAUCGUUCCGGCCAGUCCACUGAGAGACGUGCUUUACCGGCGACUGAUUCUGCACGACCCGUCUCCUUCUCCUCCGGUCAGAGAUGUGGGUCCGUUUCCAGCCGGGCCACUGUACUCGCCAUACUCGGAGAUGGAGGAGACUAACGACUCUCUGGAGCCUCAGGCGGACCUGGAAGGAGAAGCUCCGGACGGGUCGUUCGCCCACAGUAACGGGCGUCACGCGGUCGGGCACGUGGAUGAUCACGGGUCUCUGCAGCAGCAGGUUCUGGAGGCCCGGGUUCUGGUCCAGCGGAUGGAGGCGGCGCUGACCGAGAGUCUGGACUCGGCUCUGAUGGAGAAGGCUCUGGACUACAGCACGGUGAAGGCGCUGCUCUCGGACACCAAGACCUUGCACCAGAUUCUGGACGAGGCCGUCUCUCUGCUGAAGAUGUUCUGGCGAGCAGCUCUGCCAAGCAGCGACGGGCCCGUUCAUCUCCUUCAGAGGGAGCAGUCGAUGCGCGAGGAGAUCCAGUUCCUGCGACUGCGGAUCGCCCAGCAGGAGGAGGUUCUCCAGGGAACCAUCACACGUUUGCGCUCCACCAGCAGAACCAAAGAAAGCAUGGAGACCUUCAUCGUCAACCAGCUGUCCCGGACUCGAGACGUGCUGAAGAAAGCUCGAGCGAAUCUGGAGAAGAAUGAACUGAGGAUUUCCUCUCUAAGCUCCUCCUCUUCCUCCCUUUGCCAUGGUAACGGUAAAGCCUCCUCCUCCUCCUCCUCUUCUGCUCGCGUGAACCCCGCGUGUCCUGAGACGAGUCUGCAGCGGCCGGCCCAGCGGGUCAGGGAGUUUCUCCACUAACUCUCACGCCUUACGCUUCUCUGGCCAAGUUCUGCUGUGUCAUUUCCUUUGAUGGUGGGCUGUCUAAACCCACAUGCCUAUCUGAUUCUGUGUUUGUGAGAAGAAUUUUACCGUAUUUAUCUUCUGCCACGAAACGGAGAGGAAAUGUUCUUGACUUUGAGAUAAACGGAUAUAAAGAGACUGCCUCAGAAUCCCCUCGAGUAUCUCAGGGAUUUUUGGCAAUAACACUUGGAAGCAUGAGUCUCAUUGACUGUCAUAUAUUGUGCCACUGUUCGUAUUAUUAUGAUUGUUGUUCUUGUCAUCGUUCUGCAGUACUACUGACUGAAAUAGAUUGUUGUGUUUAGUAUCUGCAUGAUGGAGGUCGAUUAAGGAUAAAACACCUGUUUCUUGUGAGGCGAGGCUCACCAAACAUGCCAAAGUUUGCAUGGCUCGUUUCCCUCGUUUUGCCUUAAGAGUUCAAACUAACUUCACGAGCUCUAUUUGAACAACCUUGUAUGAAUUCUCAAGGUUUGAGCUUUACGCCACAGAUAUACAAACUUUAUUCACAACUGAAUAAAUGGGAUGUUUAAGAGGACAAAUGGAAAGUUGUGAUUUCUUGCAACUGAAAAACAUGUAAAGUUCAGAUAAGUUGACUGAUUAGUGCAAAUAUGAUCAAUGACAGUGUUGGAGAUUUCUGAACUAGAGAUGGCAAACUUUGGCAGAGGAUUGGAGAUCAGGUGCUGUAUGAUUUAUUUGAGAACUGUACAUAAUAUAUGCCUUCAUGUUGUUUUAAUUUUGCAGUGUGGGUAAAUAUAGUCAACAUUUGCUAUAGAAUAUGCAGAUCUUCUAAAGAUGGGUAGCUGUGCAAUAGCCAUUUGACCCUGACAUGAGGCAUCACGUAUUGUAGAUGCGUUUACCGUGUACAUUUCACCAAUUUAUAACCUGUAGAAGUUGCCUAAAAUAUUGCAGAGUUGCCUUGCCUCAAAUCUCUUGCAAAGGAUGAAAACGUACGCUUGCUUUGCCUUUAAACAGCCUCUUCAGUGAGAAAUGCAAUAGUCUUAAAUGGCCUUGUGAGCACAUCGCAGAAUCACUUUAUUCAGAACCACAAAUGAAAAGCAUUGAUGUGAUACUUUCGACGUUUUGGAUUAACUACCAAAGGGAAAGGAAAAAGGAGACUUGAAUUCCGGUGGAGAGAAAAAUAAGCAUAUAUAUUUGUUGGUUCUAAAAUCGGUAUAAUUUGUAUAUAUAGUGCUCGAAGGCUCAUUUGUUGCCAUAGUUACUGAUUGUGUAAUGUAACAAAAGACUGCCGACGCAAGAGCCAAUCAAACUCUGUGUCUGAAGCUGCUGAAUAUGUGCCAUGAAUUAUGAAAGCUGCUUUUGGAAUUUAAUCAUGAAUAAACGAUAGAAAUGCAUUCAUUUUAAUUUUGCUUGUUUUUUAAAUAAAAUCAAAGAAACUGGAUCAAAUCAACCAGAAUGGUUUCCUUUAUUAUUUUUGACGGCAACACACCCAUCAUCUAAUGCAUAGUUUAUCAACACAUGAUUUAUUAUCAGUACAUAUGAUAAAAGAAAAAAGUUCAAGUUCGUGGAUUUCCCCUCGAAACAAUAUCCCGUAAAAGCAUUUAAAGCUGUGAUGUUGCCGUUUCCUCAUGAAAAUCAUGUUUUGAGCAACUUUCCUUUGGGAUAUCACACUUAACACCAUAUUACGUCAUUACCUUUGGAGUGAAUGGAAACCCCACACUAUCCUUAUGAACAAACUACACCUUCCUCAUCAUCAACCUCAAAUAAAAUAGUUCAGGUUGGGUCCUGAUAACAUUCUGUUUCAACAUUUAAUAUUGAUGAUGGCCAGAAAUAAUAACACCAACCACUUCACACCACGCGUAUUUAAAGACAAACACGUACAUUAUAUGGCCAAUCGCAUGUAGACACCCAGUUCUUAAUUAACGUGGGUCAAUUCUAUCAAAAAUGAGUCUUAAAAUUACAGGUAAAACUUUGUUUUCUCUUCUAGCGCAACAAUGACCCGAGCGCAGGUUCGCUGAAACACUGGAACAAGCCAGCCGAUACUGGGGGUCCACAUCCUUUUGGCCAAUAGCGUCUGUGUAUCAAAUAAAUAACAU